AAUCGGUGUAGCACGAAGCCACAAGAAUGGCAAGGUGAAGCGAGGCGGGACAGACGGAGUUGUGCUGGAACGUUCGGUGAUCACUUCUUGAAGGGAUCGUCGUCGCCCGACGCUGAAAUGGACAUGCGUAAGCGGCGUUCGUCACAGCUGCCGUGUGGUUUGGAAAACGCAAAAUCCAGGAUCUUUACAGUUGAACUUCGGAAGUCCAGCCGAGGUCUGGGCAUUGGGAUCCUCAGAGUCGGCUCAAAUUCCAACGGAGAAAAAGCCUCCUGCUUUGUUCGGAUUCACGAGCUGUACCCGCAGCAGCCGGCCCAGUUAAGUGGUCAGCUGCAGAUUGGAGACGUCAUUCUCAAGGUCAACGGCGUGCGGCUUUUCGGGAAAAGUCCGCUGCAAGCACUCGAAAUUCUUCGAGCUACGUCAGGCUUGGUGAAACUCACCAUCUACAGGCCUUUAGUUGACCCUAAUGCAGCACAGAAUGACAGCGUGAAGACUGAAAAUGUCGAAGACUGUUCCGAGGACUCGUCCAAGUACCUGGAAAGUCUCGACACGGCUAUGUCGGAAUCCACCUGCGCUCCGCUUAGUUUCCACCAGCAGGACAAGCAAGACGAUAAUCACAGUGACCUCGAGUCGUCAGGUUCAGCCUGCUCACUCAGGCUUCAGGAGGUCAACGCUCCGGAGACAAGGUUCCCUCCAGGAUCAUCAUCGACGACGAGUGAUGUCGGGAGCAGCGACAGCGACCACCUGGUCUCAGACCUGAGUGCGUUAGAUAGUUUGGCCAGGGACUCUGAAGUCUUCCGAGAUCCCGGUAGCGAUUGUUCCCACGCAAGCGGCAACGCGGGAGGCCCGGAGUGCUGCAGGCGCCACAAGUCGGUAGACGUGUUCAAAUCGAAAGAGAGCAACGACUUGUUAGGGGACACGACUGCGAGAUGCUGGUUAGAGCGGCACGCGAGUGACAUGGUGCGCAGUUGUUGCAACGGCGUUGUGUUCGGGGACGAACCUGCUGGACCAGGUUUGACGAAGUGGCGAGGCACAGUGCUUUCCGAGGAUGCGGACGAGUCCAUAGAGGGUCGCAAGGACAUCGCGAAGAAAGAAGCAGCCCCCGAGUCUACCUCUGCUUCCCCUUUAGAGGUUGAAUGCGUGUGUGUGCAACUGCAGCGCGGAUGGCACACCAAGCUCGGUUUUAGCCUGAGGAAUUGCAACCCCCAUGCUCAUGGCUCCCCAAUGUCACCGGUCGUCAAGGCGGUACAUCCGGGCAGCCUGGCUUCCAAAGAUGGUCGCAUCCUCCCGGACGACUUUCUCAUUCAGGUAAACGACUAUAGCUUACUCGGUUGCACAGCGAAGGAGGCCGUCGACUACAUCAAGAGGUGCGGUGGAACGAUUCGAUUGUUGUUUAUCAGAAUCCACAAGAAAUUCCAUGUUUCUUAGUGCAAAUAAUGGAUUUUGCUGAAAACACUGUUACUAUCUGAGCGUGAUAAUAAAAAGAAAUAAAGAAAAGCUAAUUCCAGUUCAACGA